AUGGCAAAAACCCAAAUAGAUCUACAAAUCAGAUGUUCGUCAAUCCCACAUUUUAUAAGUUGUUCAUCAGUGUUUUCUCUGAAACGAGAGUUACAGCAGAGUGGGAACAUGUCAUUAUUCAGUACAGUUGGUAUUGUCAGUGGUAUAACAUCCAGAGUAAAUUACACUCGUAGUACAUGGUUUCAAUGCAUUAACAACCGAUGUUCAUCCUCCAUUGGAAGUGGAUGCGCAAGAUAUUCAAAUCAUUUGGGAAACCAAAACAUAAGCGGGGAAAUCAUUUGCAACGGCUGUGGAACGCCACUAGAGGAAGAUAUUUCAUGCAGAAUUCUUGGAGAGAAAUGCCUUCUUCGUGUCAUAAGUUAUGAUGGAUUGGCAAACAACAUUUUAGAAAAUGCGAACAGCCGACUUAAGCGUUCCAUUUGGGUUUACAUCAGAGACGAAUUAAUGAAUGAAGUUGAACUUGGUUCCUGUUAUUCCUUUUCAUUAAUUCCAUUUCGAGAGUUUUAUGGUGGACAAAACUCCAGCCAGUUGAGCUUAGUGUUUGAAGCAAACAACGUUACGAAGGUGAACUUUUAUAGUUAUUUUAAACUUAAGACGAUGAUAGGAAAUGUUUCAAUGGACAACUGA